UUGCUAGUCUCCGCCAGCAAGUCGAUUCGACUCAUUCAGUUUUGUACAGUGAGUGUGUCGAGUAAGUCAUCUUUCUCCGAGACCUCUCGCUCUCCUUGGUGAAGCACCAGAACCAGCAGCCUUCAGCAGUACCAGAAGCUAGAAGUUCCAGCGGGACAAACUCUACAACACUCAUCAUCCUAGUGCAACCCGCAGCCCACAGACAGAAUCAAAGAUGGCCCUUGGAGAGGAAAAUCCCGUCUAUUCUCCGUUCUUCGGAGUCAUGGGAGCAGCUGCUGCUAUCAUCUUCAGCGCCCUCGGAGCCGCCUAUGGUACGGCGAAAUCCGGCACAGGUAUUGCCGCCAUGUCGGUAAUGAGACCUGAGCUGAUCAUGAAGUCCAUCAUUCCCGUUGUCAUGGCGGGUAUCAUUGCCAUCUACGGUCUGGUCGUCGCUGUACUUAUUGCCGGUUCGCUGGAGGAGCCAUCGAAAUACACACUAUACAAGGGCUUCAUCCACCUUGGCGCUGGUCUAGCAGUAGGAUUCUCCGGUCUAGCCGCCGGUUUCGCCAUCGGCAUCGUCGGUGAUGCCGGUGUCCGUGGUACUGCCCAGCAGCCGAGACUGUUCGUCGGUAUGAUUCUGAUCCUCAUUUUCGCCGAAGUCUUGGGUCUGUACGGUUUGAUCGUCGCCAUCUAUCUGUACACGAAAUAAGCGGUUACCGAAGAAGGAGAAGCAGAAGAAGAUGAAGGGAAGGGAAGCACAGCGAUGGUUCACUGCUUAUCGUCAUCUGCAAUCACCACCAUCCACCACCGCAAUCAUCAACAUCGAUCGUCACCAGUAACAAAGAAAGUAAGAGAGAAAGAGAAUCGUACAGUUGCACACAACAUCAGCAGUCUAUUCGUUACGAUUCGCUACGCGCGAGAAGCGAACAUUUACCACUUUUUCUAGCAAGCAAAGCCCAAAGUCGCCAAUAAUAUACCCUAGAACAGAACAGAACAGAACAGUAUCACUUUACGAACAAAGCAGAAACAUCAGAUACCCACAUACUUCCGGAACUAAAACAAAAGACUAUGUAUUUAUGUAAAAUAUUGUAUUUAAUUGUAACCCUAACUUAUGUAAUGUAAAUUGUUGCCCACAUCAAGAAAAGGAUAAAACAUUUAAAGCAGCUAGUGCCGUUUAUAGGUUAUUUGAAAAGUUUUAGAGAGCUAAGCGUUAGUAACUGACUGUACAAAGCCUAUUACUGUGCUAUUAAUCUAGAUAAUGUCAAUGCACCCUCACGUUUAUCGCCCAUAUUGGACGAAGUGAUGCAGUUCUGUAUGACUUCAAUAUAACCUGUAAAUUGGUUGCUAAUUUCAACGAUGAUUUUUUCUGUACAUUUGUUUUUUCGGUUGUUCUGCAACGAUAAUUAUGAUUUGAUUAGACCCUGCUUCGUUUGAGAUCUUGCAAGCAGGGUCUUUUACUCGGAAAGUUGAUUAAUAGCAAUCAAAAGUACAUUUAGCUACGAAAGUUGUACAAGGUUGAGUCUGUGAUAUAAGCUUCCAUCACAAAUUGCUAGUACUACAGUUGAAUAAACACACGAUACACAAGAAGGCGAAACUGUUGUUCUCUUAAACUCAACCGAUUGUUAUCCGCCAAGGGGAACAAGUUUCGCGCGCUCAAAUUUUCCUGCUGAAUUCACAUCAAGUGUUUUGUUUUAUGUCCCGGAACAAGCUAUAGAGUAUAUUAUUGAGCCAGACUAAUAACAUCCAACUUCGAAAAAUUGUUGAAUUUCCAGCAGUCUAUUGUUUGCGUUCGUUACACACAUAACAGUUAAAAUUCAUCAAUUAAAAAGCGAAGUAGUUUAGUAGGGAACAAAAAUGCCAUCAUAAAAUCUGUUCUUAAACGUUAGCUUAAAUGUUCGUCAAAAAAAACCGUCGCGUAGACUGAGCUAGAAAAAAAAAUACAACUGUGUUUUACCAUGUACCCUGGGUACCUGUACUGAAAAGACUCGAAAACCAUCAUCAGAAUUGGAAGGCCCAAGCGCCAAUGAAUCGAACAAAACCAAGCAACUAUUGGUCACCUAAGUCGCGUAAACAUCUGGAGCUGUUAAAUUGCAAAACAAUUCGAAAACAAAAGACAUAAAAGACACACACACCGAUACAAAACGAUAAACACACAUAUGAUAUGGCACGAUGAUGAACUCUUUACCAUCUCCGUUCAUCAAUCGCAACCUUAAAAGAAAAGAACCGCAAAUGCUGGCAAAAAUAGUUUCAACCGCACACACCGCAACCACAGACCAUCAAAGCCCGCCAAUUCCUGUGCUCGGUCCGAUUCGUUUAGAUGCUGAAACGAGGAGGCUGGGUUACACGAAAAAGCGCCUCUGAGCUGUGGACGAUUAAAACAUUGAAACCUUCGGUGAAGUGUUCCGUUCCGCCACGCCGGAGUUCUGUAAAAAUUUACCAUCUAUUUACUCCGGUGUCUGGAGUCGACUCUUUAUCGCGAGUUGCAAUUAUUUCUCCCGAUGCAUUUGCUGGGGGACCGCGUGAAUGUAAUCAACGUGAGCUAAUCGUAAUUAUUGUUGGAGAAGAAUUCCAUAGUAACCAACAUCACCACCACCAACCCAUGGAAAAAAGAACAUCUAUUAUACCAAUCAACCAACCAACCAACCGACGCAGAAACAAACAGAAUGCAAACUGGAUAACUAUUUGCCAACCGACAUCUUGAAUAUCCCUGUUUUGUUGUGAGGAAGCUUUAGGAUCUUAAAAUCUUAUCGAUAAGUUGAACGAUAUAAACAAACAAACAAAAACAAAACCACAGAAAAACACUAAGUGAACAAAAUCUACCGAAAUGACAUUUGAACAUAACAUCUGAAAUUCAAUAAAUUUAACUGAA